CUCUCAAUUCAUGUUUAUGAUGUGCCUUAUGCCAAAAUUGCCUUGGUUAACUGUUAUACUCAACUGUUGAAGUUACUUUUUCAUAUCAAUAUUUUUUAAGCCUUUUUUGGAUAAAUCUUCUUCCAAUUAAUCAGAAAUCUAAUUCGGAUAAUUAUUUCAGAAUUCGUAUCAAGGGUCUAUGACAGAUGAUAUUUUAAUUAAAAUUAAAGCGUGUUUAAAAUAAAUAAUGGAUGACAAAUGGACCCCUGUUGAAGAUAGAUUUAAAUAUGGAGUCGCUAUAUCCAAUUUCUCAUCGGACUCUCCGGUCGUCAUUCAAAGUGCCUUAGACCUCGUUGUUGGUGAAACUGUUUCAAUCCUUCUGUCUAUAAAAGACUGGUAUUAUGGUCACAAAUUGGGAGAUAAUGUCAGAGGAAUUUUCCCCAAAAGUUACAUUGCAAUCAAAGAUCAUGUCGAGGAAAAGAUCUGCGGUGCUGAGAUGAAAGAGCCAAGUAUUACAAAAGAAGUCACAGUUAUUUUGAGAGAAUGGAAAACGAAAUGGAGGCAACUUUAUAUUCGCCGAAGUAAGGAUUUUGACACUGUCAGGCUAAUGAUGAUCGAAAUGAUUGAACUCAGAAGUAAAAUUAUGUCUGGUACAUUACCUGUUGACGAACUGAAAAAUUUGAAACAAACUAUCACUUCAAAAAUUGACUUGGGCAAUGUUUUACUUGGAUUUGACAUGAUUGUCCGUGAUGAGUUUGGUAAUGUUCUUGAUCCAAAGGAAUGUAGUGCCAUUGAGCUUUAUCGUGCUCAUGAAAGUUCCACGGAAAAAAUUCGACACGAAUCGCGUGGAUUAGCCAAUGAAAAUGACAAUAGAGAUAUUUUACUAGCUAUGAAAGGUGUAAAUAGUCUUCACUUUUCACUUUAUGUCACCGUAAAUAAUUGCACUUGUCACAUUGGAGAAGAUGCCGAUAUAUUGAUAACUCUUUAUGAUAGUAAAGAGUCCAAAUUCAUCAGUGAAAAUUAUGUCGUACCCUGGAGCUCGCAAGGAUUAAUGAAAGAAUUUGCCAAAUCAAACAAAGGGCGAGUUGUAUUUUGUGAUCUCGGAAGCAAAGAUUUGAGAAGGGAAAAGGUUUAUAUUAUUUGCCAAAUAAUUCGUAAAGGUGCAAUGGAACUUAAAGAAACCGAGCAAGGUCAUCGUGGAAAAGGUUUAUCACAAUUUAAAAAAGAUCAAAAUAAAAGACUAAACGAAGGAAUCAGACGUCCAUUUGGAGUUGCUGCUUUUGAUGUUACAGAGAUUCUUAAAGGAAAAGUAGAAAGUGAUGGAGAGAAACACUUUUUCAUACCUUUUAUGCAAUGUAUGGAUAAAGAUACACUUGAUUCGACAAUUCGUAAACUUUUAUCCCUCAAAGGUGAAAUCAGUGAAAAAGAUCACAAAGGCCAAGGCUUAUGGAUUUCGUAUAAACUACUGCUUGGUGAUUUAGAACAAGCUCGUGGUGACUCGCCUCAUCUUAUUUCCCAAUAUACCAAAAUUGCGCGUCGAAUGGGUUUUCCUGAGAUAAUUUUACCUGGUGACGUUCGUAAUGAUCUUUAUUUAACUUUGAUUUCCGGUGACUUCAGUUCAAAAGCAAGCAAUGCUAAGAAUAUCGAAGUUACUAUUAGAGUGUGCAAUGAUAGAGGUCACAUCCUUCCUGAAGCAAUCACCGUCGGUCCUGGUUUAUCAUUGGGAUCUGAAUAUAAAUCAGUUGUGUAUUACCAUGAAGAAAAACCUAAAUGGAUGGAAACCAUCAAAAUUUCGUUAGAUAUUGAAGAUUUUCGUACUUCACAUCUCAAAAUAACUUACAAACACCGAUCAAGCAAUGAAUCAAAGGACAAAAAUGAGAAACCGUUUGCUUUUUCCUUCAUCAGACUAAUGAAUGAAAAUGGUACCACUUUGAAAGAUGAAAUUCACGAACUUUUAAUUUAUAAAAUUGAUGGUAAAAAGUAUGAUGAAACUGACAGUAACGUGAGUUACUUUAAAUUGCCAUCCACUCGAAGUGAACUCGAGUCAAAAAUACCAAAAGCAACAUAUUCAAACUCUGGUUCCAGUUUAAAGUUGGCCUUCUCCAAUAUCAGUGUACCUGGACUGACACUCAAUCCUCGUGAUGUUUGCCUUGUUUCUUCCAUAGUUUGUUCAACUAAACUAACUCAAAACAUUGAUCUGCUUGGACUGCUUAAAUCACCACCAUCAUCAAACGACGACGAACUCAAAGCUUGUCUUCUUGCAUUUAUGAAAGUUGACGGUGAAGAUAUUGUCAAAUUUUUGCAAGAUAUUUUAGACUCCCUUUUUAAAACUUUAACAGACAAAGAAUCAGACGAAUUUGUCGAUUUAGUUUUUAAAGCUCUAGUUUUUGUUGUGGGGCUUAUAUCAGACACAAAGUAUCAACAUUUCCGUCCAGUACUUAAUGUUUACAUUGAGAAAACCUUUUCUGCUGCUUUAGCUUACAACAAAUUGAUUAUUGCUCUGCGGCGUUAUAUUGACAAAUUAUCAGCUGGACGAUUACAAUGUGACAAACUGAAUGGAUCUUUGUCAUUAGAUGCCUCCAUUGGAUCUUAUCAUGAAUUCAAUGACAGCCUAUUUGUCAUAAGUAUGAUGAAAAGUAUUGGCUUUCUCUUCAAAUUUAUUGUCCGUUCACGGUGCCUCUUCCUAGAAUCACAAAGACUUCAGCGAUUUGAUGUUCCACUUGAUAAUAUGGUUGAAUUUACAUCCAUGCAAGAUCUACUUUUAUCAUUUACUUCUCUCAUGUCACCUCGAAGUAAAGCAAGUAUUGAAAUUCAAGCUCUGUGCCUUAAAUACCUUCCACCUGCAAUACCUGAUAUUUUAAUUGUUUUCGAAAGGAAAACAUUAAGCCAUAUACUAAUUGAACUAAUUACUCGAGUGCCUUAUGAAAAAUUGAAGCAACAAAAGCUUCUUUUUAUGUCAGAUAUUAUCCAAUGUGAUUGCCUUUUCAGUGAUCCAGAGGCAAGAAAAAUUUUACUCCCAGUGUUUAGUGAACAUAUUCACCAUUUUCUGGAGAAAAAGACUGAAAUGGAUUAUUCUGUCCAAGUUUUGAAUGAAAUAUUAACUGUACUAAGUCAUUGUCCAUUGGAUGAAAUUGAAGCCGACAUUGCUGACCUCAGUCUAUCUCUUCUUCGAACUGUCAUAUUCACAGUUAUUGGCAGAGGACGGGAUGAAGGUUUAACUGGUAACUUAGUUGCCAUUAUGAUAGACAUACUGCGUUUAAUGACUCCAAGUCAUUAUAAUAAGUAUAUGGAAAUUUACACUAACCACCGACAACUUUUGGAAUUUCUUAUUGAACUUCUUCUGGUAUUUAAAGAUCUUGUUUGUGCCCCAGUUUACCCCUCUGAUUGGAAUGAGAUGUUAAUGCUUCAAAACAGUGUCAUACUUACAUCAUUAAAACAAUUUGCAAUGAAAAUCCGUGAACGUUUUGUUGGACCUCAUUUUGAGUAUCAACUAUGGAAUAACUUUUUCCACUGUGCAAUCGCUUUUCUAACCCAAAAAGCUCUACAACUUGAAAAUUUUUCAACCACCAAAAGAAAUAAAAUUUAUGAAAAAUAUCGUGAUAUGAGAAGAGAAGCCGCUUCUGAGAUAAGAUGUAUGUGGUUCCAUUUAGAUAUUCAUACAAUUGAAUUUGUUCCUGAUUUGAUUGGUCCAUUUUUAGAAGUCGCUCUCAUUCCGGAUCAACAUCUUCGCAAAGAAAUUGUUCCUAUAUUUUUUGAAAUGAUGCAAUGUGAAUUUUAUUCAUCACGUCCGUCAAACCAACGAUCAUUUAAAGGAUGUGAAGAUGAAAUGAUCACCCAAUUAGAUAAAAUGAUUGAAUCUGGUAAAGGAGAUAUCAAUUUCCGUGAACUAUUGAAACGUGAGAUUGAAGAUAAAUUUGAAAAUCAUGCCCAUAUGCGAGAAAAAGGACUUAAAUUUGUCAGUAUGGUUGACAAAUUGAUUCGUAGACUAUUGGAAUACAGAGCAAUGCUCAAUGACGAUGUCGAAGAAAACCAAGAAUGUCUCAUGAUUUGUAUUGUCAAUCUUCUUGAGUUUUAUCACAAAAACAAGCGUGAAGAAAUGUAUUUAAGAUACCUUUACAAAUUAGUUGAUCUUCAUAUAGCAUGUGAAAACUAUACUGAAGCUGCUUACGCUCUUCUAUUACAUGCUACUCUACUUCAUUGGACUGACGAACCUUUACCAUCUCAAUUGAGAAGUGAAAAAUAUCCUGACAGUAAAACCCACCGAGAAUUGAAAGAGAACCUUUAUAAGACAAUUAUCGACUAUUUUGAAAAAGGCCAACAAUGGGAAGAAGGUUUAAAAGUUUGUAAAGAUUUAAUCAUCAAGUACGAGAAAGACAUUUUGGACUAUGUUCAACUUUCUCAUUUAUAUCAAAAAAUGUCUACUCUUUACGAUCAUAUUGUCAAACAAAUCCGAAUCAAGAGAGAUUAUUAUAGAGUUGCAUAUUAUGGCAAAGGAUUUCCAGCAUUUCUCAGAAACAAAGUAUUCAUUCAUCGAGGUAAACCCUAUGAACGACUUGGUGAAUUCACCAAACGUUUGAUGGACAUGUUUCCAAAUUGUGUUAAAUUAGAUCCGUUGGCACAACCUACUCAAGAAGUCUUGGAAUCAGAUGGUCAAUAUCUUCAAAUUAAAACUGUUGAUCCAGUUGUUGAAUUAAAAGAGAGAUUCAGAGGAAAGUUGCUUCAUCCGCAUAUAAUUACUUUCUAUGAAGGUAAUCAAGUUCAAAAAUUCAGUUUAUCAAGGAUAUUCAAACGAGAAUCAUAUUGGGGAGAAAGUGAAUUUGCGUCACGAUGGGUUGAGAGAACAAUUAUGAAAACUCAAUAUCCACUUCCAGGAAUUUUAACCUGUUUUAUGGUCACAGAAGUAACUUCAAUUGAAAUAUCUCCCAUUGAAAUUGCCAUUGAAGAUAUGGAAAAGACUAAAAGUGAUGUUAUUCGAGCCAUUUGCUCUCAUCAUUACCGUUUACCCAAUUUGAAUAUUGCUGAAGUGCUUUUGAUGAAAAUUCAAGGAAUCGUUGAAGCUGCUGUAAACGGUGGCAUUGUCAACUAUGAAAAGGCAUUCAUUGAAAGUCGAGAAUAUAUUCAGAUUGACGACGGAAUCGAUAUUGGAAGAAAAGAUGAUCUCAUCAAAAAAUUGAUCAAUUCAAUUGCUUCUCUAAUUCCUGUUCUCGAGAUUGCAUUUGCACUUGUUAAACCAUAUAUUACACCAGACUUGCAACCUUUGUAUGAACAUUUGGAGGAAUCUUUUCGAAAAAUGAAACAAACUCGUGAAGUUGCUUAUAGUAAACGACCUCCACCCAAAGAAUUGACAUUCUUGUUGAAGGAGAUUAAUAAACGCAAUUCUUCUUCUACCGAAGGAGAAGAAAAAUUAGAUAGAUCCAGCUUGACUCAAAGUGUUGGAAAAGGAAGAUCAAAAUCUGUCUUCAGUCUUACAAACCCACCGAAUAUUUGGGCAUCAUUCCCAGGACAAACAAUGAAAGAAACUUUACGAACCAAGAAAGGUUCGUCUGGUAGUGGGGCUAACCGUAAAGCGAAAGGAGAAAGUAGCACUAAAUGGUUUGAUGUCAAUGACACUGGAAGCUCAAUGGGUGACAUUGAAAAUCGUUCAACUACUGACAUUUCGAUGGACUCUCUAUUGACACGAUCUGCUGCUAUCCGAACUCCUAGACCACGAAGUGGUGGACAAAUUCGAUCUUCUCCAGGUCGAAGCCCAAUGAAUCAUACUCUUUCUGCCACAUGCUUAAACACAUUCCCAAUUCAACCAGAACCAGAUUACAACGAGUCUUCAGAUAUACUACAAAGUUCCCCUGAACCACCGCCUCUCCCAGUCAAGCAACAUUCCACCAUUGAUCUUAGCAUUGGAAGUCCAGAUCGUGAUGGAUCACUCGAUGAUCGAACUUCGCUGUCACGAAAUCGUAAAGGUUCUUUACCAUCAAAAUCAUCUUUUUUCAACAAGCCUUUACCUCCUCCUCCUGCUGUAUACUAUUCUCAUGCUCGUCAAACAUCAGUUCCUAGUUAUAGAUCAAAUUCACGUGCCUUCGGAUCACCUGAUGAUAAUGAACCACCUCUUUUGCCAAAGAGGCCAAGUCAUAGUUCUAAUAGCCUUUCAGUGCCAAUUACCUCUGAGCUACGGAAAGAUGUUGUUUAACAAGUUCAACUAUACGGGAAAAUGUUGAAAGGAUUACCUAGUCUUACCACCUUAUUCAUUUCCUGAUAAAUCAUCUUGAAAUACAUUCAUUGCCUUAUUCAUUUUAUGUUUCAUGUAAUCAUUAUAAUUAUUUUAUGCGGCCAUCUAUUUUAAGUUUUGCACCAAUUUUAUAUCUUUGGCGCUGGUAAAUGAUUAGAAUGGCUAUAAGCAAAAGAUAUUAAAAAUGGCGAAAAACUAAAUUUAAAUGGCUGUAUUAUAAUACCGUCCUAUUCAUUAUCAUCAUUUAAAGUAUUGGAUAAGAUGCAUCAAUAGAACGAAAUUAUUGUCAUAUAACAUUUUUUUUAACAGCGAAUUUCUAUUUUUUUUACAAAAAUCUGUGAUCAGUUAAAACAGUUUCAUGAAAACAUUAACCCAAGAAAAGUAUCAAGCCUUAUUUAAUGAUUGAAUUAAAUCAAUUUCUCAAUUUUAUCUAAACUAAACUUCGAUUGGAAAACUUUGUACCUUACUUUAACCUCAGUUGAUUUUAUAACAUGACAUUAUGCCAUUGGAAGCAAAACAUAACUUUCUUAUUACCAAAAAUCAUGUUUAACCCACCAUGUUGUAAAUCUUAUCAUUAAAUAAAUCUGAUACCAAGAAAACUUGA